AUGAGUGCUGAACGCAAUCCCAAGGACUCCAUGAAGUCCACCUGGCGGCGACAGGCACGCUCCGAGUGGACGCUUUUCCACUGGUUCUACGAAGUACUUGGCGUUCAUCCAGAGCAUCUCGAUACCAACAUCCCCGUCCAUUUGAAAGAGGAUGCCGUACCAUACGUUCCCGACUGGUCCAUGCACCGCUGGGUCCUCACCCACUCCUUCAUCCCUAUUAUCCUGCAACACGCCUACGUCCAAUAUACGGGGCACAACAUCGGCGCUAUCGGCGCAUUCAUCCUCUACAGCAUCGCUUUCAAGGCCAUCGCCAUCCACGAACUCCACGUCCUCCGCCGUCUUGGCCAUAUCUACGGCUUCCUCGAUGGCGACAAACACUCCCGUGACGGGGUUCCCGAUAUUGGCGUCGCCAAGGUCGUCCGCUCCUUGAUUUCCACCUCCACCUUCCGCCCUAUGUUCACUGUCUUUUUCGCCUACCGCACCGCCCAGGCGCCCUCCUCUAUGAGCUUCGCCUGGCUGCCGCUUGAAAUCGGCCUAUACGGCAUCAUCCUCGACUUCUGGUUCUACUGGUACCACCGUAUCAUGCAUGAUUUCGACGGUCUCUGGAAAUACCACCGCACCCACCACCUCACCAAGCACCCUAACCCACUGCUCACCCUGUACGCCGACACCGAGCAGGAAUUCUUCGAUAUCGCCGGUAUCCCGCUGAUGACCUUCUUCACCAUGAAAUUCAUGGGCAUGCCCAUGGGCUUCUACGAAUGGUGGAUUUGUCACCAGUACGUCGUCUUCGCCGAGCUGGCCGGCCACUCCGGUCUACGUUUGCAUGCUUCCCCGCCCUCCACGCUGAGUUGGUUGCUCCGCUGGUUUGACGCCGAGCUCGUCAUUGAAGACCACGAUUUGCACCACCGCAAGGGCUGGAAGAAGAGCCACAACUACGGCAAGCAGACUCGUCUGUGGGACCGGGUGUUUGGCACUUGCUGUGACCGGAUUGAAUCCGUACCGACGAACGUGGAUUAUGUGAAUCAGUCGCACAUGCCGUUGUAUUGA